AUGGCUUCCACGACGACAGUCACGCCCACAUCAGCCACCGGCGACACCCCGAAACUGCUGAAGAAGGCCGCCUCUGGAGACGCCAAAAACGCGAACUCUUCACCGCAGACCUCGUUCGGGUGCUCACACGUUAAGAACCUUCUCCAAAGCGCACGGCAGCAGGCUGUCGAGGGAUAUACCAGAGUGAUAAACUCGUUACGCAAAGAAGGGAAUGUGAGCAAUCGGAUAUACAAGAGCGCAGCCGGGCCAGCAUCGACCAUACAAACCACACACCUCUGCUUGCAAUGUCCUAACGUGAGCACGUCGAGGGAGAGGCAUCGCAAGGAACAUGGCUUCUCUGUCGAGUCGUCUCAAGGCUACCUCUACUGCCACGAAUGCCGCGACUUCGUCUACGACCCGACCUUCGAAGAGAUCCGAGCGCCCAACAACAAGAAGAGGAAGAACUCGGCAGCGCUUCUAGAGAGCGACAAGAAGCUCGUAUCCACCCACACCGCAUUGACACCAUGCGCAGCGACAGGCCUGCGAGGUCUCUAUAAUAUGGGACAGACUUGCUUCAUGUCGGUCAUCCUACAAUCACUCAUUCACAACCCCCUCAUUCGCACAUACUACCUAUCCGAAGGCCACAAGUCUGGCGACUGCGACCGCGAUGCUUGCACUUCAUGCGCGCUGGAUGACAUCUUCACCGAUUUCUUUGGACAAGAGAAGCAUGAGGGGUAUGGAGCGGUACACAUGUUGCAAGGUUGCUGGAAAGGGGGUGGUGGACUGGCAGGAUAUAGCCAGCAAGAUGCACACGAGUACCUUGGAUUCAUACUCAACAGCUUGCAUGAGGCGAACACCGAUGAUGAGGAAAAGUCGGACGGCCAAAAGGACACCAAGGACUGUACCUGCGUCAUACAUCAGACGUUCGGCGGCUUGCUCAAAAGCACCGUCACCUGCGCGACGUGCAAGAACACCACCACCGCAGUAGAGGCAUUCAUGGAUCUCAGCCUGGAUGUCAAGAGCACGGGAUUUGCGGUCAAAAAGAAGAAGCUGGCUCUGACUAACAGCAUACAAACGAUAAAGGAAGCCUUGCCCAUGGAUUUGGCCGAAUGCCUGAACCGCUUCACGACGGCCGAGACGCUGUCCAGCGACAGCUACCACUGUCGAAAAUGCGACGCUUCACGCGAGGCAAGGAAGAAGCUCACACUGACGAAGCUACCACCAGUAGUACCGAUACACCUCAAACGCUUCUCGCACUCCAAAACAAAUUCCCAAAGCAGCAAAGUCGACACCAAGGUCCGGUUUCCCUUGACCCUCGAUCUUGGUCCAUACGUAACACCGAACAAGUCUGGUGAUACUGCAAAUGGACACGAACCUGGCAAACCUGGGAACGAAGAUGACGAAGACACGAUCGACGUCAAAACUCCUUCCAAAUCCGGUGAUAAGGGAACCGAACCACGGCAGCCAGUGUACGAGCUUUCCUCGGUCGUCGUACACAAGGGGAAGAUCGACAAUGGGCACUACAUCUCGUAUUCAAGGCAAGGUGGGGAAUGGUUUCGGUUCGACGACAGCAUGGUUGUGCAGGUGGACGAGAAAGAGGUGUUGGGUGCUGAGGCGUACAUGCUGUUCUAUGUGGUUGGGGAGUUGUGA